AUGAACCAUGCUGGCUCUGGUGCUGAUGACGAGGAUCUGCUUCAAGAGCUCGUUCCUGCUUUUCAACAGACACCUCCUGUUCGACUACUUUACCUGCAGGCAGCGAUUGCUCACAUUAUUGGAUCUUCGACAGUCGCUGAGGCCACCAAUCAGAUUCAAGACGGCCUGGAUCUUAUUGAGCUUUGUGGUGCAUUACUGACAUUCCCCAUUCCUCGAUGCUCAAUCAUCACCGUGAAGAAACACUUAGGACUCCAAACGGAUGACUAUGUUUUGAGGAUCCCUAUAUGCGAUGUAUGCUACAAACGCUACUCUCUCGAUGACAUUCAGAAACUCGACACCCCUAUAUGCACGGUCUCUCGUUGCAAAGGGAAUGUGUAUCAUACCAAACAUGAACAUACAGACCCCGCAACAGAUAUCGAUCGCACAGAGCUCUCAGAUGAUGACUUGAUGCAUGAUAUACACGACGGCGCUGAGUGGACGAAGCUCGAAGUUGGUCUCAAGCGGGUAUGUUUACCUGAUGGCAGCAUCACAGAUAUCGAGGAGUCCCCAGGCUCAUGGCGUCUGCUUGUUUGCUGUGACGUUGGACUCAGUAUGACACUCAACAUUGACUGGUUCAGAAUCACUGAGGGUAGACCUCAUUCCUUGGGUGUGGUGUAUAUUUCCUUCAAUAACUUACACCGAUCAGUAAGAUACCUCAUGCACAAUGUCCACCUGGCGCUUGUCAUCCCAGGACCCAAGGAACCAAGUCUCGAGAACCCCGCGAUAACCUACAACUCCCGUAACAGCCGGAUCUUCCAGCAAGGCGAAGAGAUUGCAGAACGUCUACGCACUUUGAUUUGCCACCGUUUUAAGCCCUCAUUUGUGCGACUGUAA